AUGUUUUCUAUGGAAUAUCUUUAUGAAGAAAACUAUGAGAAACUUGUUGAUGUGAUGUCCACCGAAUUAAAUGGAAAUAAUUGUGAAGGUGCAAAUCGUAAAAACCAUCAAUUGAAAGCAUUGGAAUGUUUCGCAAUGCAAGAGAUCACUGAAUCCAGGAUCAAAGAACUUACAGCAUUCAACACUUUCUUCAGCAGUGCCCCAGUGGAAAAUGCAUUGAAAGUGUGCAAAGAUACUCAGAAAGAUGAGAUCGACAGACGAGACGCGUAUAUCUACGGAAAGUCGUGUUUCAUGAAUUAUGUGAAGGAUAAAUGCAAUGAGUUUUCUCUGGACUACUUAUCAGAUAAUUAUCAGAAAUUUCUGAGUCUCAUUGCUACAAAACCAGUUCAAGGUGACUGCUCAUUUUUCAACUUCAAGGCUAAUCGAUUGGCUUCCAUCGAAUGUCUCGCAUUGUAUAAGGAAACGGAAUCCAGAGUUGAUAAAAUCACUUUUUUCAACACUUUUUUCAGUAGUACUCUGGUGGAGGACGCGUUCAAAGUGUGCAAAGAUGCUCAGAAAUGUUUCAACCAGCACAGCUGUACCUAUUCGUCUGACUUGCGGGACCACGUCCGCAACCUCUGUGAUCUUGUACAAAAACGUAUUUAA